AUGAACUAUUACUACGGCAACUACUACGGAGGUCUGGGCUACGGCCUUGGCAGUAUGGGCUAUGGCUAUGGCUGUGGCUAUGGCCUUGGCGGUCUGGGCUGUGGCUACGGUGCUGGCUAUGGUGGCUAUGGUUACAGCUGCUACCGCCCAUGUUGCUAUGGGAGAUAUUGGUCCACUGGCUUCUACUGA